CCUUUCUGUGAAUCGAAAUGAAAGACUCCCUGCCCUAUGUGACGUUUUCUGGACUCGGCUUAUUGAAACUGGAUUUGUUCAUCGUAACGCGUACUCCGCGUUUUCUUGCAAAACCGACGUCAUUUGAUGGCUUUUGCAUUUGAAAUGCUUGUAUCGAUGGAGUCCAAGUGGCGCACUAACCGCCCAGAACCACCGACACUGUAAAUUUAGUCGGGUGCAUCACAGUCGCUUGGGUGCGGCUGACACGAGUGACGCCUGACUGGAGAAUUUUAAAGCAGUCGAGCCGGCCCGGUUGAUCCUUUUGAGAGGCAACGGCGGAAGCCAUGAAGCUCGAGGCGAGGAGGAGCUGCGCGGCCGCGGUGAACGCAGCCGGAAGGUUCGCCCCGGAGCCGGUCAACGAUGCCGUGGGUGAGCCCGGAUGCCCCGAUCCGAGCUCGACGCUUAAAGCCAAAGUCACCAAGCAGGGCUCCAGGGAGAGCCUACAGCGGAAAAACACGGAGUGCGAAGUGUACGACGACGGGACAAACACGUUUUUCUGGCGGGCCCACACCGUGACCGUUCUGUUCAUCCUGACGUGCGCGCUGGUGUACAUCACGCUCCUCGAGGAGACGCCGCAAGACACGGCCUUCAAUACAAAGAGGGGGAUUGUGGCCAGCAUCCUGGUUUUCCUUUGUUUUGGGGUCACACAAGCAAAAGACGGACCCUUCACUCGACCGCAUCCAGCUUAUUGGCGCUUCUGGCUCUGCGUGACUGUCGUCUACGAGCUCUUCCUCAUUUUCAUCCUCUUUCAGACGGUGCAUGACGGGCGACAGUUCAUGAAAUACAUUGACCCAAAACUGGGCGUGCCUCUUCCCGAGCGAGACUAUGGAGGAAACUGUCUCAUCUACGAUCCUGGCAACACCACUGACCCUUUGCACAACCUCUGGGACAAGAUGGACGGCUUUGUCCCGGCUCACUUCCUGGGGUGGUAUAUCAAGACGCUGAUGAUUCGGGACUGGUGGAUGUGCAUGAUCAUUAGUGUCAUGUUUGAGUUCCUGGAGUACAGCCUGGAGCACCAGCUGCCCAACUUUUCCGAAUGCUGGUGGGAUCACUGGAUCAUGGAUGUGUUGCUGUGCAAUGGUCUGGGCAUCUACUGUGGCAUGAAGACGCUGGCCUGGUUGUCCAUGAAGCCGUAUCAGUGGCAGGGCCUUUGGAACAUUCCCACUUACAAGGGCAAGAUCAAGCGAAUCGCCUUCCAGUUCACGCCGUACAGCUGGGUGAAAUUCGAGUGGAAGCCCGCGUCCAACCUUCGCCGCUGGCUCGCCGUGUUAGGCAUCAUAUUCAUGUUCCUGCUGGCCGAGCUGAACACCUUCUACCUGAAGUUCGUGCUGUGGAUGCCACCGGAACAUUACCUGGUCCUGCUGCGACUGGUGUUUUUUGUCAACGUGGGGGGCGUGGCCAUGAGGGAGAUCUACGACUUCAUGGACGACCCGAAGUUCCACAAGAAGCUGGGCCAGCAGGCGUGGCUGGUGGCGGCCAUCACAGUCACCGAGUUCCUGAUCGUGCUCAAGUACGACCCCAACACCAUCAUGCUGCCCAUUCCCUUCUUCAUCACGCAGUGCUGGAUCCUGGGCCUCCUCGUCAUCCUCGUCUGGACGCUGUGGCGCUUCUUCAUCCGUGACAUCACCCUCCGCUACAAGGAGACGCGGCGGCGCAAGCAGGAGGACUCCGGCGACCGCGAGCGCCCCCUCGGCAACGGCGCCCCAUCGGGCCGCAGCAAACUUAACGGCGGCUCCGACGUCCUCCGCCACAGGAAGUCCUGAGUGAGCGAGAGAGCCCGCAAACGAGCGCGACGCAAAGACAGACGCCGCUUGCGCGGAGAAGCGCGGUGUCCAUUUUGAUUGUUGUUGUUUAUUUUUCAUGCCUAUUCAGGUGUCAUACGUGGAACAUUUUGUUAUUUAUACGCCACAUUUUGGAAUGUUGACGAAGACGACGGAGGAGGAAGGAGACCAAACGGUAGAGUGUCGGCAGUUCCCACAAAUGCAUCACUCUGAACCGCAGUGCUACAAACGGCGCCGACCGCACAGUGGGCAACGGUCGCCUAUCCGGCGCUGCAUUUAAAAAAAAAUUUUCUUGUCGGCGUCCGUAAGUAAAACAGUGUUUCCCAACAUUUGUUGAGUCAAGGCACAUUGUUGUCUGACUUGUUGUGACUUAUGCCGUUUGGCCUCUCGUUGGGAAUGCGGUAAGUUGCGCAAAGAGUAGUCAACCACUGAACAGUUUCAAAAGGUCAGAAUUUGGUUCAUCUUGCAACGGUUAGUUGUUGUUUUUUUGUGUUUGGUUCAGCGUAAGAUUUCCCCUGAAAUCCAAAUAUAUUUGUGAGUAGUGUAUUUGAAAGUACAGCUGGCUCAUUUCUCUCAUGUUUUUCCCAAUGUAAAAUUGAGCCGCUGAGAGCGAGAGUGGGCUAAUUCUCUCUCUCCUUUAGAAAGACAAGUGAAGAAGUGAAUUGUUGGGGGCGGGGGGUGGGGGGGGGUUGUUUUUGCUCUGGUACAUCUGCAUGUUCAGAGUAAGUUUUGUCUCAUCUUUCAUUGAAUAUUCAUAAAUUUGACCGGUAUUUGGUGUUUGGACUGAAACCAUUGGUGCACCAUCACCGUCCCAGCAAAAGGACCAAAAUGAAGGCAGCCCACUCUGCUUCUUAGUUCUUCAUUUUACACUGUGGGGGGGCAUGUUUCAGCCCACCGUCGUUCUUCUCAGUGGUUCAUUUUACAUUUGGAAAAUCUCAUGCCACACCACCAAAGAAAAAAAAAGUCCCAAGGAUAGGUGAACAAAAGAAUCAAAACCGAUGCUUGCUGACGGUACUUUCUUGUCUGACGUUAUCACUCCAGCUUACACUCAAAAGUCCUUCAAUCGCUUAUCAGGGUCGUCAUUCAAAACUCUUGCCAGGCUGGCCUCCAAAAAUAAAAAGCUAUAGUGGAAAAGGGGGAGGAGAAAAAAGUAACUGCUGAAACAUGUAAGGCUGGUUUGCAUUGUAUCUUUUAGGGUCAAAUAUAGAUGUCGAAUACUAGAUUGUACAGUAUUAGGUAUGAAGACACCACCAGGACAAUCGCGCUCUGCUCAGCAGAGCAUAACAACAGCAUAGCAACAUAAAACCACAACUGGGAAAAAAAAGAAACACUUUUGGGAUUGGAAAAUGGUGAGGUUGUUGAAUUUUUUUCCGAUUCUAGCUUGUUUCUGUUUUGGAAAGUCCAUACGAAGCUACUGAAGAAGUGGAAAUGCUCUUUUGCGUUUGGGGAGGCUUUUCAAACCUUUGUGCUGAGGUAUUCUUGGUUUGUUGGGCUAGCAAGCAUAUUGGGCGGUGACGUGGUAAAAGGCUUCACAAGUGCUCAACUUGAUCACAAAGGUGUCCUGUUACUUGAAUCAACUAUUCAUGUCUGCUUAGUUCAAAGACCAAAAAAAAAGCUUGGAGAGCUUUCAUUUCUGAAGCCAUAAAACACAUUUGGACUUUUUCAAGCACCAACUAUUUGCACCUUAUUUAAGUCGAGUUUUUUGAAUUUUGUGUUUACAUUCCAUAUCAGUGAGUCUUAGUCUGCUUUUUUUCCAGUCACGAUAGAAUUUGCAAUAAAUACCCUCUUUACUAUUAAAAAAACAAACAAACAUCUAAAUGCUUUCUGUAAGUUUGUCAUUUUGGAUAUAAGUUGAGAUACCAAAGUGUGAAAAACGAAAAGAAUCAUAGUUUGACAUAUCAGAAGCCAUUUUCUGGUUUGCUAUAUUUCCAUUUGUACCUUGGUCUGAGAACGCAACUUAACCUGGGACGUGCUGCUGUUAUGUUAUCAAUAAAAAUACACAGAACGCCUCGUA